AAAAAUAAACUGGUGGACAGCCUUCAGGAGCGAUGUCCUUUUGCCAUAAUAUAAUUAAUAUUUCCUGUGUGAACAGCAGCUGGUCAAAUGAUGUCCGUGCUUCCCUCUAUAGUUUAAUGGUGCUCAUAAUUCUGACCACAGUGGCUGGCAACCUGAUAGUUAUUAUUUCCAUAUCACACUUCAAGCAACUUCACACCCCAACUAAUUGGCUCAUUCAUUCCAUGGCCUCUGUGGACUUUCUGCUGGGGUGCUUGGUCAUGCCUUACAGCAUGGUGAGAUCUGUUGAGCACUGCUGGCCUUUCGGAGAAGUCUUCUGUAAAAUUCACACCAGCACUGAUAUCAUGCUCAGCUCAGCAUCCAUUUUCCACUUGUCCUUCAUUUCCAUUGACCGAUACUAUGCUGUGUGUGACCCGUUGAGAUACAAAGCCAAGAUCAGUAUCUUGGUUAUUUUUGUGAUGAUCUUCAUCAGCUGGAGCGUCCCUGCUCUUUUUGCAUUUGGAAUGAUCUUCCUGGGGCUAAACUUCAAAGGAGCUGAACAGAUGUAUUACGAACACACUCACUGUUCAGGGGGUUGUUCUGUCUUCUUUAGCAAAACACCUGGGGUUCUGGCCUUUAUGACUUCUUUCUAUAUACCUGGAUCUAUUAUGUUGUAUGUCUAUUAUAGGAUAUACUUCAUAGCUAAAGGGCAGGCAAGAUCAAUUCACAAUGCAAAUCUGAAGCUUCAAAUUGGAUUGGAAGAGAAAAAUGGAAUUUCACGAAACAAAGAACGAAAAGCGGCCAAGACUUUAGGGAUUGUGAUGGGAGUUUUCCUCAUUUGCUGGUGCCCUUUCUUUGUCUGCACAGUCAUGGAUCCUUUCCUGGACUAUACUAUCCCACCCACCUUGAAUGAGGCGUUGAUUUGGUUUGGCUACUUGAACUCUACUUUUAAUCCAAUGAUUUAUGCAUUUUUCUAUCCCUGGUUCAGAAGAGCGUUGAAGAUGAUUCUAUUUGGUAAAAUUUUCCAAAAAGAUUCAUCUAGGUGUCAAUUAUUUCUAGAAUCAAAUCCAUAGAAUUAUAAUACCUUACUGUUUUGCAAAACAGCUGGUGAUGAUAUUUAUGAACACCACAUGCACCAACUGCAUGGUCUUUAAGUCAGUUACUUGAUUUAAAGAAUGUGUAAUGAGGUAGGAUGAUUCUAUCUUGCUUCCUACUUGGGAUGUAGUACAUAUCAUCUUUGCCAUUCUUACCAUACCUAUGAAGCUUUGCAAGUCCAGAAUUUAAGGUACUACAUUUAAAAAAGCUUUUCCUGUUUUUUUCAUGUACCACCAUGGAAUUGAAACUGGUCCUUGACUCAGUUAUUCAGUGGUAGAAACCAUAAGCUGCAUUAGAAAUGCAAAUUAGAGUACUUUGUCAUGUA